AUGGCGGGAGACAAUCUCGCAAGAACACUGAGUCGACCCUCACUGAGUCGACGAGCAAGUCUUUCCUUUUCCUCUUCAAGUAAAAAUAGUUGGACUUCGAUACAUCUUGGGGAGAUUUCGAGUGACCCAACAAAUGUUUUCGAGAAUAACGAGAGAGAAGAUGAUGAGGAGGAGUUGACAUGGGCGGCAAUAGAACGACUUCCAACAUAUGAUCGAAUGAGGAAAGGGAGACUAAAACAUGUUUCGGAUAAUGGUAAGGUUAAUUACGAAGAAUUUGAUGCCGUCAAUCUUGGUAUUCGAAACAAGAUACUUAUCAUGGAGAGUUUACUCAAAAUCAUCGAAGAGGACAAUGAAAAAUUGCUUCGUAAGAUUAGAGAUCGAAUUGAUAGGGUGGGCGUUGAGGUUCCAAAGAUUGAAAUCCGGUAUGAGAAUUUAUCAAUAGAGGGAGAAGCAUACAUUGGAAACAGAGCACUUCCCACUCUGCUGAAUUCUUCCAUGAAUGUAGUAGAGGAAGUUCUUGUGUUCCUCAGGCUUUUCCCGUCAAACAAAAGAGUACUAAACAUACUCAAGAAUGUCAGCGGCAUAGUGAAGCCUUCCAGAAUGACAUUGCUUUUAGGACCUCCAGGAUCAGGGAAAACUACAUUGCUGCAAGCAUUAGCUGGAAAGUUUGAUAAGGGUUUAAGACUAACCAGUGGGAAGAUCACAUACUGUGGUCAUGAUACGAAUGAGUUUAUUCCCCAAAAAACAUGUGCUUACAUUAGUCAGAAUGAUCUCAAUUUUGGAGAGAUGACUGUCCGAGAGAUACUGGACUUUUCGGGACGUUGCUUGGGAGUUGGUACUAGGUAUGAAUUAUUAGCAGAACUGUUAAGACGGGAAAAAGAAGCAGGAAUCAGACCUGAUCCUGAGAUAGAUGCAUUCAUGAAAGCUACUUCAGUUUCGGGCCAAAAGACAAGUUUGGUUACAGAUUACGUGCUUAGGAUGCUUGGAUUAGAUAUCUGUGCUGAUAUUGCGUUUGAUGACAUCAUUUUGCUUUCAGAGGGUCAGAUAGUGUACCAAGGUCCACGUGAAAAUGUGCUUGAAUUCUUUGAAAGUGUAGGCUUCAAAUGUCCUGGAAGGAAAGGAGUUGCAGAUUUCUUGCAAGAGGUGACUUCCAAGAAAGAUCAACAACAAUACUGGAGUAGCAAUGAUGAACCUUACAGACACAUCUCUGUAUCGGAGUUUGUGCAUUGUUUCAAAUCUUUCCAUGUUGGUCAAAGGCUUUAUGAAGAUCUUACAGCUCCAUAUGAUAGAUUGAAGACUCACCCUGCUGCAUUAGUUAAAGAAAAAUAUGGAAUUUCUAAUUGGGAACUCUUUAACUCAUGCUUUGCAAGAGAGUGGCUAUUGAUGAAGCACAACAGUUUUCUGUACAUAUUCAAUAUAUGCCAGAUUACCAUGAUGUCACUGAUUACCUUGACAGUGUUUCUGAGAACAGAAAUGAAAACAGGUCAUAUUGAAGAUGGAGCAAAAUUUUAUGGUGCACUGUUUUUCAGUCUUACCUGUAUCAUGUUCAAUGGGAUGGCUGAGCUUGCAAUGACUAUAGUCAGGCUUCCUGUAUUUUACAGGCAGAGGGAUUUCUUGUUCUAUCCAGCAUGGGCCUAUGCUUUGCCAAUUUGGAUUCUCAAGAUUCCUCUCUCCUUCGUUGAAUCAGCAAUAUGGAUUAUCCUCACAUAUUACACUGUAGGGUUUGCGCCUGCUGCUAGUAGGUUCUUUUGUCAACUAUUGGCAUUUUUUGCCAUACAUCACAUGGCUUUGUCUCUUUUCCGUUUCAUUGCUGCACUUGGGAGAACAGAACUUGUUGCAAACACACUUGGUACAAUGACAAUACUGCUGGUUUUUGUCCUUGGUGGAUUCGUUGUCGCCAAAGAUGAUAUUGCACCAUGGAUGAUCUGGGGUUAUUAUGCUUCCCCAAUGUCUUAUGGACAAAAUGCUCUCGCCAUCAAUGAAUUUCUGGAUGAAAGAUGGAGUGCACCUAAUCCUACUCCUGACGUUGCUGAACCCACAGUUGGAAAGGCUCUUCUUAGAUUAAGGGGCAUGUACACAGAGGAGUAUUGGUAUUGGAUUUGUGUUGGGGCACUCCUGGGCUUUUCCCUGCUUUUUAAUCUCUGCUUUAUAGCAGCAUUAACAUAUUUGAAUCCACUACGGGAUUCCAAGUCUAUUGCACUGGAUAAGGAUACUGAUAAGAAGCAACCAUCUUCACAAAGGCAUCAGCAAGGACAGACCACAGAAGCAGGUUCAGGAUUUAUAGGGAGGAACAUUUCUAAUAGGUCAAGUUCAAGUGUUAUGGAGCCAGUAGCUGUGAAUAAAGGAAUGGUGUUGCCUUUUCAACCCUUAUCAAUGGCAUUUGAUAAUGUGAAUUACUACGUUGAUAUGCCUGUUGAAAUGAAGAAUCAAGGAGUUGAAGAGAAUCGCCUUCAACUGUUACGAAACGUUAGUGGUGCAUUUAGGCCAGGUGUUUUAACAGCAUUAGUUGGUGUAAGUGGUGCUGGAAAGACUACUUUGAUGGAUGUUCUUGCAGGAAGAAAAACUGGAGGAUACAUUGAAGGGGAGAUCAGUAUUUCUGGCUACCCAAAGAAUCAAAAAACUUUUGCUAGAAUUAGUGGUUAUUGCGAACAGAAUGAUAUUCAUUCUCCACAUGUAACAGCUUAUGAAUCUCUUGUUUAUUCUGCUUGGUUACGUCUUGCAAAAGAUAUUACAGCAGAAGCACGGAAGAUGUUCGUGGAGCAAGUAAUGGAGUUAGUCGAGUUAAACCCAUUAAGAAAUUGUCUAGUCGGUCUUCCAGGAGUUGAUGGCUUGUCAACUGAGCAACGAAAAAGACUUACAAUAGCUGUAGAAUUAGUGGCAAAUCCAUCUAUUAUCUUCAUGGAUGAGCCAACCUCUGGCCUUGAUGCUAGGGCUGCUGCAAUUGUUAUGCGUACUGUGAGAAGUACGGUGGAUACUGGGCGAACAGUUGUUUGCACAAUUCACCAACCAAGCAUAGAUAUUUUUGAAGCCUUCGAUGAGUUGUUGUUGAUGAAGAGGGGAGGAGAAGUCAUUUAUGCUGGCCCCCUUGGUCGCCAUUCUCACAAGCUUAUAGAAUAUUUUGAAGCUGUUCCUGGAGUUCCAAAUAUCAAAGAUGGCUACAAUCCUGCAACUUGGAUGUUGGAAAUCAGUUCAAGUGCUGCCGAGACUCAAAUUAAUGUCGAUUUUGCUGAAAUUUACUCAAAAUCUGAACUUUAUCAGAAGAAUCAAGAGAUUAUUAAAGAGAUAAGCAGUCCAAUACCAGGAUCUAAGGACCUUCAUUUCCCAGCCAAAUACUCUCAAGACUUUUUCACUCAGUGUAAAGCUUGCUUUUGGAAACAACACUGGUCCUACUGGAGAAACCCACAAUACAAUGUCAUUAGAUUGUGUCUUACAAUUUCUACUGGCAUUAUAUUUGGACUUAUUUUUUGGAACAAAGGAGGAAAGAGAGAAAAGCAACAAGACUUGUUAAAUUCUAUGGGAGCUAUGUAUGCUGCUGUUUUUUUCCUUGGAUCCACCAAUGCAUCUGCUGUACAACCUGUUGUAGUAAUUGAAAGAACAGUAUUCUAUCGCGAACGAGCAGCUGGGAUGUACUCAGCAUUACCUUAUGCAUUCGCUCAGGUUGCCAUAGAGACAAUUUACAUUUUCAUUCAAGCUAUUUUGUAUGCUCUAUUACUUUAUGCUAUGAUUGGGUUCGAUUGGGAGGUUAAGAAUUUCUUUUGGUUUUUCUUCUUCAUGUUCAUGAGCUUUAUGUACUUCACACUCUAUGGCAUGAUGGUUGUUGCCCUUACUCCAAGUUAUCAAAUGGCUGCAAUCGUAAUGUCCUUCUUCAUCAGCUUCUGGAAUCUUUUCUCCGGCUUCCUUAUUGCUAAGACGCGAAUACCAAUAUGGUGGAGAUGGUACUAUUGGGGAUCUCCAGUUGCUUGGACAAUCUAUGGCCUCAUAACAUCCCAACUAGGUGAGAAGCUUGAUUAUGUUGGUGUGCCUGGAGAGGGUUCUAUUACAGUGAAGGCAUACUUGAAGGAUUACUUUGGAUUUGAAUAUGACUUCCUUGGAGCUGUUGCUGCAGCCCAUGUUGGAUUUGUUGUCCUGUUUACUUUUGUUUUUGCCUAUGGAAUUAAGUAUCUUAAUUUCCAAAAAAGAUGA